ACAAAGGAAACUUGUAGGAAGCUCCCAGUACUGCAAUUAAGCCGCUUACCUGCUCACUGUUGCCCUAUAAAUAUAGGCCCUUCAUUUUACUCCAACACAUCAAUAUCCUCACAGCAAGCUCUCUCUCUCUCUCUCUCACUCACUUGCUCCUCCUCUUUUGCUCUCAAAUGGGUUCUUUUACUGCAGCAACAUCAAACCUUUUGCUAUUAGCAGUAGUGAUUUUUAGCCUAGUUCACUUAUCAACGGGGUCUAGUAGGAAACUGAGUGCUUUAGUAGAACCACAGCCCAAUCUCCUCACGUACCACAACGGCCAAGUGCUCCGAGGAGAUAUCCCUGUCUCCAUCUUAUGGUACGGUCAAUUUACUCCCACCCAAAAAUCCAUCAUCUCCGAUUUUCUCCUCUCCCUCACCUCCACCACUCAGUCCUCGCCGAACCCUUCUGUGUCCCAGUGGUGGAGCUCCAUAGAACAGCUUUACUUGUCGAAGGCCGGGAAAAGUGGAGGCCCAACAACGGCCCAUGUCGUGUUAGCAAGCCAAGUCUCGGAUGAGGGGUGCUCUUUGGGGAAGUCCCUUACGAUGGGCCAAAUUUCGGAGCUCGCCGCGAAGGCCCAGCCCAAGAAGGGAGGAGUUGGGCUGGUUUUCACGGCCCAGGACGUGGCGGUCGAGGGGUUCUGCAUGAGCCGGUGUGGGCUCCACGGCUCGGACCCGAGAACCGGGUCGGCGUACGUCUGGGUCGGGAACUCGGCGACCCAGUGCCCGGGCCAGUGCGCGUGGCCCUUCCACCAGCCCACCUACGGCCCACAGACCCCGCCGCUAACGGCGCCUAACGGCGACGUCGGCGUCGACGGCAUGGUGAUCAACCUCGCGAGCAUGUUGGCCGGGGCCGUUACGAAUCCGUUCGGGGACGGGUUCUUCCAGGGGCCCAAGGAGGCGCCGUUAGAGGCCGCGACGGCGUGCGCGGGUGUUUAUGGGAAAGGGGCGUAUCCGGGGUACGCUGGGGACCUGCAGGUGGAACCCACCACGGGUGCGAGCUACAACGGCAAUGGGGCCCACGGGAGGAAGUACCUGCUCCCCGCGCUGUUUGACCCGUCCACGUCCACUUGCUCCACGCUGGUGUGACAACCGUGCAUGUGUGGGAUUUAUACAUGUCGUAUGGAUGUGUAUCUAUCUAUGUGUUAGAACCGUUCGAUUCUUUGAUUCUUUUAUAUUGUUGUUGUACUAUUAAUAAUAUAUAAAUGGAGCUAAAAUUUUUUUUUGAUAGAA